GCUCGGGGUGACGGUCCUGAGGUGGCGUCCCUUCGCUCGCAGCUUGCCGCAGCGCGCCUAGCUGCGCAAGAGGCGGAGCAUCAGAAGCAAAGGCUAAAGCAAAGGUUUGCUGAGAUGGAGAAUGACAUGCUGAAAUACAAAACAAGGGAAGAGCAACAGCAUGAGGAGACAGUCACUGAACUCUCAAGGAAGCUCAGAGCAGCUAAAGUGCGAGUGUCUCAGCUUAAGACGGAAAAGGCUGAGGUGGAGCUAGAACAGCAAAGACUCCGACAAGCGGCGGCAGCUAAAACUCAGGAGACAGAGACAGCACGAAUUCAGCUGGAAAGCAAGGAAUCAGAGGCAGAAGCCCUCAAAAUAGACUUCCAACGAAUGAAACAGCAGCUACAAAACGAAAAAGCUGCCCGGGAAUCCCAGGAAGCCGAAUGCCGGCGUCUCUCUGAGGCUCUAGAGGCUGUGCAACAGGAAGCAGCAGAGACACAUCGAACUUUGACUGCAGCGGCAGCAGCAGCGUCAGCCGAAUGGGAGGCCCGCAUUCGGGUGAUGCAAAAAGAGGCAGUGCAGCAGCAAGAGGAAGCGCUUCGAGCUGCAUCGGAUGAAAGACGAAGGGCUCUAGAUGACCUCAGAGAGGAGCUGCGGUGUUUGCACGGCGAAGAGGCUGAACUGCUGCGGACCCAGAUAUUACAGCGGGGAGAAGAAAGUGAUAAACUACGCAGACAGUGCAAGGUUCUAACACAGAAGCUGGAGGAGACAUCUGCUCAUUUAGAACGCCUCAAGGCUGUCACUAGAAAAGACAAAGUCCAGAUAGGGGAGCUGGAGGGUAGGAUUCAGAGCCUCCAUGAGGAUCAGGGAGCGCAACAGCAGCAGCUGUCACUUCAACAGCAGCAAGUGUCUCUGCUGGAGCAGGAGAAGGAGUGCCUGUCUAGAGAGGCAGAGGCACUGCAGCACACGAGCCGCAAGACACAGCACCAGCUCAAGGAGGCACAGGGAGCCCUCGACACAGCAGAGGCCUUUAGGAGGGCUCUCGAAAGGGAAAAAGAAACGCUUAAUCAGAAGCUCCAUCAAAUACAAGUGGAACACGCUAAGUUAGUAGAAGAAUCAUCGUGUUAUCGAGGCCGCUUACUUGAUAUCUGGGCCGAGGAGCAGUUGCGGCUGAUGGAAGAUGCAAAGUUAUCUGUGGAAACAAGACUGACGGCACGGGAGGAGGAACUCGAAGCGUCUCGGGGCCUUGUGCGCUGUCUAGAGACCAAAGCAGCAGACGCAGAAGUGGGAUCUAUAUCAUACCGCUGUAGUCUACUACAAUUAACACCGAGACAAGCAUACACUGCGUGCGAAGAGCGCGCCGAUUUGCAGCAGUUGCUGCAACAGGAGAGAAAGCAGCGCGAACGUGACGUGCUGGAGGCUAACUCCCUCGCUGCGGCAGAGAGGCAGCAGAUAGAGGCCAGACUGAGAGACGACUACACUACAAGGACGGAACGCAUGCGGAGGGAGACAGAAGCCGAAACGAGGAGGUUAAGGCAGCAGUUAAGGGAGACAGAAGAAAGGUCUGCUGCAGAUAACCAGUGCCUCAGGUCACGCGUUGCAGCUGCCCAACAAGAGGCCGCAGCCCUCCGCAGCGAAGUGCAGCAGCUAUGCAUGGAGAUUGAGACUCUCCAGCUAGAAAAGCAGCGCCUGCAUGAGGCAAUCGUCAGCGUGGAGAGUGACAGCAGAGCUAUUCAUGGCAUUUUCAGGAGGCACAUGCAGGUCCGAUACAAGGAAUGGCGAUUUGGGGGUAGAAUGGAUAGCGAAAGGCAGUAUAGGGAAACAGAGGUUCGAAACACCGGACUGACCAAAGAAAGCAAAGAGAAGCAGCAAAACACAGAGAUCUGCAAUUUGUGCUCACUUUUUGACUUUCUUGAAAACAUAGGGGUGCUCUGUGUAGUGUCUCCUGUCUGCUCUCCUUCGAUUCAGGGUGAGUGUUUGUCACCCGCUGGGGCAACCGCUCGAGACUUAGGCAUGUCUAAUCCAGCCAACAAGCCCUAA